GACGCCGUAGCUAGGCAGAGUGGUCGGUGGUGGGGACGCGAUAUGCCCAUCGUCAACUCCAGGGAGACGACGGGGAAGCUCUCACCGUUAGAGGAGGAAGAAGUAGCAGAUGGUGGUGGAGAGCUAGCGAUGACGGUGGACAAGAAGACUAGAAAGUCGACAGAUGGUGUGCAUAGCACCGGAGGAGUGAGUGUAUUCACCACUCUGGGGUCUCUAAUACUGACUGCCAGGCCCUACAACGGCUCUACUAGAGGGUCAAGGUGGACAGGGGGAGAGGAGGAGGAGAGGGGGGAGGAGGAGGGGGAAGAUGGACAGGGGGCCACUCUACAGGGGGAGAUCUUCCAGACACUCAAUAAGGAGUCGCUGUUUGUGAUGCAAGAACACAUGGAGAAACUCUGGUGCGAGCGGAUCCCAAUGUGCAUCGAGGUCAAAGGUCAAGCCACACCCUCUCCUAACGAGUCCCGUUCCCUGCUCCUGGAACAGUGGCUGAUACAAGUCCUACCGAGAAGGUCCCACCCUCACCCCAUCCCUCUCUCCUUCCUCACCCAUGCCGUCCAGUCAUAUCUCCACUUCUCUCAGAUCAGGUCGUGGAUCGUGUCCCACAGAGGAUCUCUGCCCUUUGACCUCACAUACAGAGUGUGUGCACCUGGAGAGGAUGACACAUCGGAUCAGUUCUCCCCCCACCCUCCCAAAGUCCACACCUUCCCACCCUCCCCGCUCUCCCCACUCACCUCCCUCCAGGUCACCAUCCGACACCUCCCCAGACUCAAAACCGUCCCCACCACACUCACCUCCUCCUCCGCUUCGAGAGACGGCGGUGAUAGCAUCAUUUCGAAAUUCCGCGACCUUUCCAUCUCGAAAUCUGCCGAGCGUCUCAAGGACCUGAGUGUGAUAAGGAAGUCUUCUUCUAUGGAGUGUCCUCAGAACUGUCAGAAUUCAUUCUCCAAGUCUGCAGAAUGUCUUAAAGAUCUAGUGUUGGCAUCUGGUGCAUAUACUGUCAGUAGGAGCCGUCUGUUGUCCAAGUCAGCCGAGAGGGUUCGCGACCUCUCCACAAGGUCAAAGGUCGUGACUCCACCCUAUUUGACUAAGGAGCCACCCUCCCCUCAUGCCCACUCCCCACGCUCACCCCAAACCCCAAGCUCCUAUCACUCCCUCACACCGUCACCCCAUCACCACUCGUCACAUCUCCACCGCACCUCAUUGUCGGCAACUACAGACGCCUUCCCGUUCUCCCCGCCACAACCCUCCCCAAUGAGUCCCAAACUGCUCGCCGGAUUGGGGGAACCCCUCCAAUAUCACUCGUUAUUGGACAGAAACGCUCUCAAUGCCACAUCUCAUGAUAAUGGUAUGAAUAACGGGAAGGCGGGUUUUGAAAUCAGCGGAUGUUCCAGUGAGUGCAGCUGUCAAAGUUUGGAGAGAGGGAGUGACAGAGAUGGAAAUGGAGGGCAUUCUUGUUCCGCCUCGUUUUGUUUCGACAGUCUGUGUGUGAGGGAGGGAGGGUGUGAGGAGGGGGAGGGGAGGAGGAGGAGGAGGAGGGGGGACAGCAGCGUGAACAAGGUGGAGAAGGUGGUGAAGCGUGGUGCCGUGCGAUCGCCAGCUGCAUCAAGCCCAGUACCCUUUAUGAGGAGAACUACGAGUGAAACGAAAAAUCAACACAAGAGGUCUUCUGCCAUCAACCUAAAGGGAGUGACGCAGCGUCCACCCCGUCCUCUUCGCAGCAACUCUGCGCCGGCCAUCAUGCACUCUCUGUCACUUCUCGGAACCUUUGAGGAGUCUAUACUGAACGGGAGGUUGGAACCAUGUGGAUUUGUUGAGGGGUUCACGGCGGAGCUGGGGGCCAGUGGCUCAUUCUGCCCUCGUCACAUCUCUCUCCCGGUGACUGCCGCUUUCUUCAACCUCUCAGACUCUGGAACCUCUCCCUAUCUGAGCAUUGGCUGCUUUAUUUCUUUUUCUCCAUGUACAACUAUUCACUAAGGAGUAAUUGAUCUGUCUACCACUGGCAAGAGAGGAUAUCACAUAGCAAAGAAAGGCACAGUUCAACUAACAUUGUUCAACCCCAACGGGACAGUGGUCAAGAUAUUUGUGGUGACCUACGACCACUCUGACAUGCCACCAAACUCUCAAACAUUCCUGCGACAGAAGACGGUCUCUCCCCCUCUCUCCCGCCUCACCCCUCACACCCUCUCCUCCUCCCCUCCCCUCCUCCACUAUCUCAUCCAUCUCAGGUUUGUAGAUUGGAGACUACUGCGUUUCUCAUUAUCUCAACUCCAUUAGAAUUUCCUGCACUAAUGCCUGGCUGCACCUAUUUACCUUUGUACUAAUUGGUUGUUUAUGGCCACGACUUUUCUCCCCCUAUUUUCAUAACCCUGACACUGUUAAGAAGCCCUUUAGCUCAGUAUUGGGACGAGUGUCGGUCAAAGUAAAAGAGCACAUGGAUUUGUCCUUCGUGGCAAAGUAUAGAGAAAUACAUAUAUCGCUGGUGUGUCAGCCCUUUAACUUCUCAAUCACUAGUAACUUGUUGGACACCUGCUUAUGUAUGUAGUAUUGUAAAAAGGUUUCCAAGAGUCAUUUGACAAGUUCUGAAUACCUUGCAGUGAUGUAUAAUAAUCACAUCCUGUUUGUUAUGCCCACAUCAAAUUGCAAGUCUGUCUAGUCAUAACAUGAACACACUGUCAAGAUAAACAACAGUGGAACAUCUGUUGCACAGCACAUCAGAGUGACUGAUGCAUAGUGCGAUUGUCAUCUUUGGCUACUAAUACAUCCCCAGGUUCCUGUGCUCCAGAUCAGGUAGAGUGUAUCUCCACAAGGACAUUCGACUCAUUUUUGCUCGCCGGGCGCCAGACACCGAACCCGACUUCAGUUUUGUCACGCUCACUACCAUGACCGAGGCCCCGCCCAGUCCAAAGUACGGACCGCUGGACGGGCAGUCGGACAGAACCAAGUUGACUGGAGUCGUUCGGUUGUAGUGGGCACAGAGUUAUUUUCUGUUGCGUAGGGUUAUUCACAAACUCAUUCCUAAAGCCGCCAUGAUUAGUGUUGCAUGCACAGCACAGUUCUGAUCUAUAUUUUAGUACCAAAAAAUCACCAUGCUAUUUUUAUACUACAACCAAAGAAUGGUUAUCAUAGGUCAUUUUAAAUACGCAGCCAAUUUUACCAGUCACUUUAGUCAAUGAUCAUAAUUAGUGGAGUAGCUGCAAUUUUUAUUCUUGUGUUGUACAUUUUAGUCCAUGAA